CUGACGAGGCCGCCCAGCCAUGUUGAGAAGUCUGUCAAGCAGAGUGCAGCCCGCCAUUGUGUAGACAACCAGGCUCUGUAGGCAGAUAGGGGCGCUUGACUGAAAUCCUCCACUCGCUACACCAAUUUACCAUCCUGCCGCGUUUCAUUUAGCUGUAAAUAGCUUUACGCAGUCUGCCGGGGGAAAGACAUGUCAGCAAGCAGCCUUCUCGAACAGAGACCGAAAGGCCAAGGAAAUAAAGUGCAAAACGGAGCUGUGACCCAAAAGGAUUCUUUGAAUGACGAUGAGUUCGAGCCUUAUCUGAAUACUCAGGCCAGACAGAGCAAUGCCUAUACGGCCAUGUCGGACUCCUACAUGCCCAGCUACUACAGCCCCUCCAUAGGAUUUUCCUACUCCCUCAACGAGGCAGCAUGGUCCACAGGCGGGGACCCUCCUAUGCCUUACCUGGCCUCCUAUGGACAGCUAAGCAACGGAGAGCCCCACUACCUCCCGGAUGCCAUGUUCGGCCAGCCAGGCCCUUUGGGGAACAACCCCUUCCUGGGCCAGCAUGGCUUCAACUUCUUCCCGAGCGGCAUUGACUUCUCGGCGUGGGGAAAUAGCAGCUCUCAGGGACAGUCAGGGACGCCACAGAGCUCUGGCUACAGCAGCAGCUACGCCUACGCUCCCAGCUCACUCGGAGGAGCCAUGAUUGAUGGACAGUCCCCUUUUGCGCCUGCUGCCAAUGAACCCCUAAACAAGGCUCCUGGUAUGAACAGCCUGGACCAGGGCAUGGCCGGGUUAAAGAUUGGGGGUGCCACUCCUGGUGGUAACGGGGACAUGGCUCCUAAGGUGGUUGGUUCUGGCUUACCUGGAGGGGGUCCUCUCGGCCCCGUGUCAUCUGUAGGACCCCCAAAUAUGCCCCCCGUUUCGAUUGCCCCCGCCAAGCCUGCCUCCUGGGCAGAUAUUGCCAGCAAGCCAGCCAAGCCUCAACCCAAGCUGAAAACCAAGGGGGGCAUGGUCGGGGCCAAUUUGCCGCCUCCGCCCAUUAAACACAACAUGGACAUUGGCACUUGGGACAACAAGGGUACUGUGCCCAAAGCUGUCACACCACAGCAGGUACCCCCAAUUCCCAGCAAUGGGCAACCACCCAAUCAGGCUUCCCCCCAACCUGGAGCUAUGGCGGCAGGGAACCCACAGAUGCCCCUUAGCAACGGACAGCUGGUAGCCCCCGUUUCCCAGCUGGGGCAGCAUCAACUCCCACCUGGUGGGCAGCCUGGUAUAGCUCAAAUGCCCCAGCAGCCUCUUUCCCAGGGCCCCCCACCACCCCCAAGUCAACAGCAGCAGGCUCCUCAACCCACCCGCUGGGUGCCUCCACGGAACCGGGCGAAUGGAUUCGGGGAUGCAGGUGGGACUGGUACAGGUCAGUCACCGCCCUCCUCCUCCGGGGUGGGCAUGGUUCCUGGAGUCCCCUCUGAGCCUCACCCAGUCUUAGAGAAGUUGCGGAUGGUCAACAACUACAAUCCCAAGGACUUUGACUGGAACCCCAAGCAGGGCCGGGUGUUCAUCAUCAAGAGCUACUCAGAGGACGAUAUCCACCGCUCCAUCAAGUACAACAUUUGGUGCAGCACGGAGCAUGGCAACAAGAGGCUGGACGGCGCCUACCGCUCGCUGUGCGCCAAGGGGCCACUCUACCUCCUGUUCAGCGUCAACGGAAGCGGACACUUCUGUGGUGUGGCGGAGAUGCGCUCGCCCGUGGACUACAACACAUCAGCAGGCGUGUGGUCGCAGGACAAGUGGAAGGGGCGUUUUGACGUGCGCUGGAUCUUUGUAAAAGACGUUCCCAACAGUCAGCUGAGACACAUCCGACUGGAGAACAACGAAAACAAGCCAGUGACCAACUCUCGGGACACACAGGAGGUGCCUCUGGACAAGGCCCGGCAGGUGCUGAAGAUCAUCGCUGGAUAUAAACACACCACCUCCAUCUUUGACGACUUUUCUCACUACGAGAAGCGGCAGGAGGAGGAGGAGUGUGUGAAAAAGGUGGAGGUCCAAGGCAGCGAGCCAUAUCCCAGCAACAGGAGUCAUUACAGGCUGCAGGACCGCCAAGGACGAAUCAAGUAACAGUUGGUGCUUUUGUCAAAAGACUGCAAAGGCCCCCCCACCUCCCUCUCCUUAUCCCCCCUCCCCCCAAUGCAUUUGCAUCAAUACAGCUGCAUCUAAGAAAUUCAAAAAUGGGGUGAAGAAUUAACCAAGGACAAGAGAAGAGAAAAAAAACACAAAUGAAGACUUCCUUGAUUUCUUUUGACUUUGAAGACUUCGAACUUGUAGUAAUAAAAAAAGAAACAAUUAUUCCUAGGACUACAACUUAAUGCAUAGCAUCCUUAGGUGAGCUUUUUUUUUUGCCCCACCCUAUUCCACUGCGUAUGCUUCCCCCUCAUUUUUUAAGCAAAAGGAUCAUCCUGGUCUGUUUUUUUUUUUUUAAUCAAAGAGCAAGUCUGUAAUAAUUGUCACACAAACGCUCACAUAGAUGUUCAUGUUAACGGUGUUCUGAUGUCAGAAAUGGGCCGUCGCUCCCAUUGUCUCUGUGCACCAUGCCUUCUGAGGACAACCUGGACACAGCGGCUCUUUAUUAAAAGACACAUUUUCCAGAACCAUGUUCUUAAAUAUCAGCCAUGUUUUUUGUUUGUUUUUUGUCUUCUCUCGCUCUCUCUAUCUAGACGAGCCCUCUAUUUUGGUUUUGCAUGUGUUGGAUGGUUCGUGUGGGCACAUGCGGAGGAUCUCAGGAAGAGUAAGAAGAAGCAAAAAAAAGAAAUGGGUUCAAGAGUAAGAAAGCAGAAUUAAGUUGAGCCUUGCUGUCGGUAUAAUUUUUAUGGGGCCCGUCUAACUAGUCUUCAUUGGAGUUCGUUUUCCCCAUCUUGUUCCUUUCCCUUGGACACGUUAAUUAUUCAUUGUUGCAAUGGGCUGCUUUCAUUUUGUUUUUUUUCUUUCGACCUUUUCUAACGACAGUGAUGCGAGUGGCCUUGCCCCCCGCUCUUUCUAUUAAUCGGUUCAAAAGUUCCAAAUAAAUGUGGUAUAUUAAGCAGAACUGGUGUGCAUUCCCCUUGUUUCACUUUCUCACAAAUUUGUAAACCUCCCACCCUUAAAUGAAGAAUGUGUCUUAACUUUAAUAUUUCAGCCACCUCUUUGCCAUCAUUUUCACCACUUUUAACCCACCAUGUCUUCUCUAAUAAAUUAACUUGGCCCUUAUGUGGUCCCAUUUUCCCACAUUUCUGACUGCUCAAGCCAAAUUAGUUUAUAAUACUAUUGAGUUUUUUUUUCCCCAGAAUGUCAUUUUGGGAAGUUUAAACAGCAAAAAACAUGCAAAGUCCUCUUUCAGAACUACUGGCUUUUACUUGUGGCAUAAUAAAGAUGCUCCACAAAG